AUGAGCACUGCGAGUCUUGUCGCCGGGACAAGCCCUUGGGGUCUGGCGGUGUUUCUGACGUUCCUCUUUGUUUUGCAUCCCUUGGCGCCAUACCCCGGCCCACUGCUGGGACGUUGUACGAAUCUCUAUGCUGCUUACCAUGCCUGGCGAGGAACGGUCCAUACCGACAUAUACCGCUGCCAUCAGAAAUACGGUAGGCCCUUGAAGACAUGCACCGUUGUGACAGAUAUAUACUCGUACGGCACCAACACCAUGAAGGCCUCGGCUUACAGGGUCUUAUCCCACGGUGCUCCAAGUGUCCUCACCCUCCGCAACAAAGAGGAGCACUCCUGGAGAAGGCGAAUAUUAAGUUUUGCACUGUCUGAUGCCACGAUAAUCUCGUACGCGAGUACUAUCCGUAAGCACCUCGAGAGGCUAUGCGGAAACUUGAAGGAAAGCGCCAAACUCGACAUGUCCCGGCAAUGUGAUUAUUACACUUUCGACGUCAUGUCCGAAGUCAUCUUUGGCAUGGACCACAACGCUUUAAAAGACCCUACAUAUCGAUAUGCCAUCAAGGCACUGGCUGAUUCCAACGUGAGACUCGGCACUCUCUUCCAGGCACCCGUCCUGGCCAUUGGAAGGCUCGACAAGUAUCUGUUCCCAACCGCGAUUCAGGGCCGCAAUAACUUUGUCAAGUUCCUUGGCUCUCUGUUGCGGAGCAGGACGCGGGCAUCAUGCUCGCGGAGCGGCAACGUGUUUUCAUCCCUCGAGACGGCCAAGGACGCAGAUGCCGGCAUGACCUUGGAUAAGUCGCAGAUACGGGCCGAGUGCGCUGCUUUGGUUGUUGCUGGAUCGGAUACCUCCUCCACGACUCUUUCCGCAACUCUCUUCUAUCUUAGCAGGAACCACGGGGCUUAUCAGCGAGCGGCCGACGAAGUCAGAGUCAAGUUUGCUUCUGUGGAAGAGAUAUCCAUUGGACCAAAGCUGAACUCGUGUCUCUAUCUUCGCAGCUGCAUCGACGAGGCCCUGCGCAUGUCUCCUCCUGUUGGGGCUGCUCCGUGGAGAGAAGUCGGAGCCGGAGGUAUCCGGGUCGGUUCGCUCGAGUUGCCAGCCGGCAUCGAAGUCGGAGUUGGCAUGUACAGCCUCCACCACAACGAAACCUACUACAAGGAUCCCUUUGAGUACAGGCCAGAGCGAUGGAUGGUUGGCGAGGGCUGCUCUACAAAAGAGUCGGUCGAGCUUUCCAGGAGUGCCUUUAUCCCUUUCUCCAGGGGCCCGAGAAGUUGCGUCGGGAAAGGCUUCGCAUAUCACCAGGUUACUCUGGCAUUGGCACGAAUCAUUUACGAAUUUGACUUUUACGAGGCCCAUACGCCCGAGUCAAAUAAUGGCAAGACAAGGGCCGAGUUCGAGUUGAGAGAUCACGUUACAGGGGCUAAGGAAGGGCCCUUUCUGCAGUUCACUCUACGCAACCAACUCUGA